AUGGAAGGCGUGACCCACGACGAGAAUAGUAACUUUUGGAGCAAGGAUGGUGAUCAAUUCCCAAAGGGUUUAAGGGUUCUCUUGGUUGACGACAACGUCACCUGUCUCCACCUUCUGGAGAAGAUGCUUCGAGAUUGUUCGUACCGAGUGACAAAGUGUGAGCGAGGAGAGGAUGCACUGUCAAUGAUUCGUGAGAAUAAGGGCAGGUUCGACAUUGUCCUAACGGAUGUUCACAUGCCUGGCAUGGAUGGCUUUCAGCUUCUCGCCAAGAUCGCUGCCAUGGGGAUAACCUUGCCUGUAGUCAUGUUUUCAAGCGACGCUGAAAAGGACACUGUCGUGAAAGGAGUAAACAGCGGCGCUUGCAAUUAUCUAGUGAAGCCCAUUCAAGUCAGCACUCUCAAGAUUCUAUGGCAACAUGUGCUUCGGAGCAACCCAUCCUCAAGCAACAAUUCUACUAAAGAAUUUGAGACGUCGCACCUUCUGACCACAUCUUCAUCUGACGAUAGUCAUACUCGGGCAGAGAACGAGGAAGUGAAUUCUAAAAGCUUGAAAAAGGGCAGCGAAGAUGAAGCCAAUCAUGGCAAGAACAAAGUGGGGGCGAAGAAGCCCCGCGUUGUAUGGACAUCUGAGCUCAACAGGACGUUUGUUAUGGCCGUCAAUAGUCUUGGAAACCAUGAUGUCAAACCCAAGAAGAUAUUGCAAAUUAUGAGGAAAAUGACGAGUGUCCCACAUCUCACUAGGCAAAACGUCUCCAGCCACCUUCAGAAAUACCGCACGAACUCCAAGAAGAUAGGUGAAGCCUCGGAGCAUCAAAAUGCAACUUCUUCUCUCAUUAACGGCCCUGGCUUCACCAAUCCGACUCCUUCCCCUCCACCAUCAAUAGGGUGCGGCGGUAUCCAAAAAUAUGCUGCUGCAGCUCAAUAUCCGUCGCAGGCUAUGAGUAUCGCCCCUCAACAGCACUGCACAGGCUGCAGCUCAAGGAUGCCUAAUCCUGUCGAGUUCCCACAUCAUAACGCGCUCCCAAGGUACCAAAUGGGGCUCCAAUCACAACCGCUUGCGCCGUUGCAGCAACCACACCUGCCUCUCCAGAACUACGGUCGCCAACAGCAAGUGAAUGAAUCAGUUCAAUGCCUGCCAUAUGCUCCUGCACCAUCCGUUGGGUUCGCCCCACCAAUGAAUAACGCACCCCCAGUUCUUCCUAAACAAAGUGACAACUCGCUCAUCAUGCAGAUGUCCCAUACACCUACAUAUAUGCAAAUCCCGGAUGCAGCUGCACAUCCAAGACACUAUCUUUCCGCCACUACUCACCAUCAUCCAUUGCAUAGCCAGAUUCCAACACAUGCCAUUCAAAGCCUUAAUUCAAGUACUCCCAAUCAUGCCUCUGAGCAGGGUCCGCUUGUAGCCCUCAGCACCAUCGGAGUGAAUGAAUCUUACGGCAGCAAUAUCGCCCCAGUCAAAGGAGAGUUCAGCUACCAGAAUAACCAUAAUCCCGUUGUUGAGGACCGCCAAGUAUCUGGUAACGAGGCUAUGUUCACAGAUAUGCUUGAUACGAAUUUCCUUGAUGAUCUUGGGUUCCUCGAGGAACUUGGGCUUGGGGAAGACGCUCCUUUUCUCGACAGCAACAUCCAGGACAACGGUGCCAUGUAG